AUGAGGUAUUUGAUGGGUUUACUCCUAUUAGGAAUAAUUUUGACGACCAUUGCACAAAGCCAAAAGGACGGCAAUAUAUGGAGCUGUGUUUACGAAUCAAAUGGCCUAGCAUGCGCAAGCACGAGGGUGGCCAGCGAGCUUGACGGGAUUGAGCGGGAGAUCACGAGCAGAAGCACUGAAAUCUCUAUAAACAAAAUUAUCGAGGAGGGUGGUAAUCUGCUAGCUCACAGUAUUCAGGCCAUUUUUGGCUUCCAAGAGGAACAGAAGGAGCAGGAAGAGCAGAAGAAGAAGUACGAGAUCGCAGACGAAUUGAGCUUCGAAAUUGGUGAGUGA